UCGUCUUCGACGUGGCUGCCACUGAGCACUCGCCAAUCGCGACCGUUCGCGCGGGAAAUUCAAAAAUAGAACUUUAAUAUUUUCAAAUUCAUUUUUUUUCUUUCUUGUGCCUGACUCUUUCUGUGGUGCCAGUUCUGUGCUUUCUUUUUUGAGGACUAGGUGCUGUUAUCGGGCAUGCUGCAUUAGUAGAGAUGGGGCAUAGUAGUUUAAGAUCGCUGCUAGUGGCAGCCAUCAUAGUAAGCAAUUGUAUAACAUGGACCGCGUCGAGGCAUCACUACACACACAAUGUCCACGGACACCGAAGCAGACACAGACGGCAAGGUGCCGGGCUAUUCCUCUCAUCGUCGUACGUGAUACCAGGGGGGGAGGGGCACGGCGCGUGGGGGGAGUGGGGGGAGGUCUCGCCGUGUUCGCGGACGUGCGGCGGGGGUGUAGCUAGCCAGAAAAGGAUAUGUCUCGAAGUCGGGCCAGACGGCCAGCCGCUGUGCCGGGGAGGAGACACGAAGUUCUUCUCGUGCCAAACGCAGGACUGUCCCGACGGCGCCCAGGACUUCCGCGCCCAACAGUGCUCGGAGUUCGACGACGUGGCCUUUAAGGGAAUCAAAUACAAAUGGGUGCCAUACACAAAGGGUCCGAACCCGUGCGAGCUGAACUGCAUGCCGCGAGGCGAGCGGUUCUACUACCGGCAGAAGCUGCAGGUCGUCGACGGCACCAGGUGCAGCGAGGAGUCCUUCGACGUCUGCGUCAACGGCACCUGCCAGCCUGUUGGUUGCGACAUGAUGCUGGGGUCGGCAGCGCGCGAGGAUAAGUGCCGGGAGUGCCGCGGGAAUGGCACCAACUGCCACACUGAAGACAACAUUCUGGACACACAGGAUCUCAGGAAUGGAUACAAUGACAUACUUCUCAUACCUGCUGGGGCAACCAACAUUUAUAUUAGAGAAGUCAGAGCAUCCAGUAAUUAUUUAGCGUUAAGAGCGACAACGAACGACACGUACUACCUGAACGGUUACUACCACAUCGACUUCCCUCGAAGCAUAGAGAUCGCGGGGGCAACGUGGCACUACGAGCGAAGCCAGAACGGGCUGCCUUCGCCUGACAAACUGAGGUGUCUGGGACCGACGAAUGAAGCGCUUUUCUUAUCUCUUUUGCUACAAGAGCCUAACGUGGGAAUUCAAUACGAGUACAGCAUACCCAAAGCACUAGCGCCACCGCCCAACCAGGAGUACAACUGGGUCCACGAUGAGUUCACGCCUUGCAGCGAAACAUGUGGUGGAGGUAUCCAAACCCGCAACGUUACGUGCCGGACUCGCGAAGAACUAGACGUGGUGGACGACGGACUCUGCAACGAGGCUUUCAAGCCGGACUCCAACCAGACGUGCAACAACAACCCGUGCCCCGCCCAGUGGGUCACGAGCGAGUGGGACAAGUGCACCAAGCACUGCGGCGAGGGCGGCACUAGGCAUCGUCACGUGUACUGCGAGAAGAUCAUCGCAAAUAGAAAUCCAACAGUAGUCGCGAAUAAGGAGUGCUUGGAACUGCUGGGCCCCAUGCCGGCUCAGUUCGAGGAGUGCAACCAUGACGCCCCCUGCCCCACCUGGUUUACCGGACCUUGGAAGCCUUGCGACAAACUGUGCGACGAAGGCAAGCAGACCAGGCAAGUGGUGUGCUACCAGAAGACGGACGGCCGCGUGGAAGUCUUAGACGACAAGGAGUGCGUGGACGAGAAGCCUCCCGCGGAGCAAGCUUGCAUGCUGCACCCUUGCGAGGGAGUCGACUGGGUCCUCACUGACUGGACUGGGUGCGACAACUGCCUAUCGACAGUGCAAACCCGGAGUGCUGUGUGUGCAACCAAAGACCGAAAGGUGGUGAACUCCACUUUCUGCUCGUAUCAUCCUACUCCGGUGCUGGAGGAGCCGUGCGACCGCACCAAGCUACCUCCUUGCGAGGUCCAGUGGUACGCUACUCAGUGGAGCAAGUGUUCGGCAGAAUGCGGCGUCGGCGUGCAAACCCGGCGCGUCUUCUGCGGCAUGUUCGACGGCGAGUCGGUUCUGAAGGUGGCCGACGAGCGCUGCGACCAGAAGGAGAAGUACAACGACACCCGGCCCUGCGAGGUCAAGAAGUGCCCCGCCUUGUGGUACGCUGGACCUUGGUCUGAGUGCACAGCGCCCUGCGACGGAGGCGAGCAGUUCCGCCGCGUGAUGUGCCUGAGCGGGACCGAGCCGGCAGUGGACUGCGACAUCGCCUCUGUGCUCGACAGCACGCAGGCCUGCAACUUGAGCCCUUGCAACGAAGAUGAGGUGACGGUGGUGGGACCAAACCCGACCCCCAUCAUGGACGACUACGACGAGGAUUGUGAGGAUGAAGAAUUCCCAGAGGAUGAGUUCCCAGAGAAGGGCGCUGAAGAGGACUCUUCGCUAAGCACAUUCCCCGAUGAGAUGUUCAGCGACAGUCCAGACAUAUCUGACUCACCUUCGGAACUCGAGGCAGAAUUCACUCUAGGAUCAGGAGAGGGUUCCGGCUUUACCCCAACCGAUUCCACAUUAUCAUCAGAAGAAUGGUCUACUGACGAAACUGGUUCCACUGAUGAGACUACUCUUAGCACCGACACAGAUGAAACCUCAGAGUCUGGUGCCACUGACUCCAGCUCACCUGUCACUGAGCCAACUGCUGUUAAAAUAUCAGCCUCGUCAGAUGGUUCCGCGCCACCAUCCGGUUCAACCGAAUCAAGUGACGCCACAGGAUCAACCGAGUCGACUGUCGAGAGUUCCUCAUCAAGCGAAUUCGACAUCGACUACACUGACGAAACUGGGUCUACUGAGUCCAGUGCCACAGACUCGUCUGAUCUCACGACUGUCUCUAAAUCAGAGGAAACCACCGGCCCGACAGGCUCUACUAAGCCUACUGAAUCCAAGCCCACUGAUGCGUCAGGUCCAUCUGAUGGAACUACAGAAUCAGGAGCUACUGAAUCAACUGGAGCAACCGAAAGCACAGUGUUAGGAUCUACUGAUGAAACGGAAACUACAGAGUCUGAAUAUGACGAGGAAACGGAGUCCACUGCGACAGACGAAACGGUUACGGAGGAAACUGAAGCUACUGAUUCGACUUUGUCAUCAGAAUCGUCACCCACUGAUGAAACAUCUGAAUCGUCACCUACUGAUGAAACAUCUGAAUCGAGUACAGAGUCGUCAUUAUCGACAUCAGAAUCUACGGAGGGUACUACUGAAUCGGGAUCAACUGAAUCUGGUGCCACUGACGGUACGACAGAAGCAGGAAGCACUGUUUCAGAUAAGUCUGAUGGAACAGAAUCUACAGAAGAAUCAGGAUCUACUGAUUCGUCCGCAACUACUGAAGCGGGCAGUACAACUAAAUCUGGAGCAACUGAAUCUUCAUCUUCUACCGAGUCCGGGGCCACUGAAUCUUCAUCUUCCACUGAAUCCGGAGCAACUGAAUCAUCAGGCUCUACUGAGGUUGGAGCUACUGAAGUUAGUGGUUCAUCUGAAACAACAGAAGCUGGUAGCACUACUGAAGCUGGUUCUACCGAGUCACCUGGAUCGACAGAAUCAGGCGCUACCGAAUCUGGUUCUACACAUUCGGGCCCUACUGAAUCCGAAUCUACAGAACUUUCAGGAUCAACAACUGAGUCUGGGUCUACAGAAUCUACAUCUGAAGGCAUUACUGAGUCGUCUGUUUCUACUGAAACUACGGAAUCUGGUCCAACAUCAGAGGCGGCAAGUGAAGAGACAGGAUCAACUGAAGCAUCCACCACAGAGGGCAGCACUGAGUCUGCGUUCGAAGACACUGGCUCCACGGUGUCGGCCACUGAAGAAACUGGCUCUACUGAAACUGGUAGCACCGAAACCGGUUCAACUGAAUCAAGCGAAGAAUCGACUGUAUCCGGUGGAUCAACACCUUGGGACGCGGCGACAACCUUUGGCAUCACCAAAAAGCAACGUUGCAAGGCUCGUGCUGCCAAAUGCACAAAGAGCAAGUUUGGUUGCUGUCCUGACAAGAAGACUCCUGCUGCUGGACCGUUUGACGAAGGUUGUGCCAAUCCAAAGACCUGUAAUGAGACUACUCACGGAUGCUGUCCCGACGGCGUGUCGCCAGCGGCCGGGCCUAAGAACAAGGGCUGUCCCACUGAGCCGUGUGCGGAGACUCUGUUCGGCUGCUGUAAGUCCGACAACAAGACCGCGGCCGAGGGCAACGAGCAGGAAGGCUGCCCGCCACCGCCACCGCCUUGCAAGUCGUCGAAAUAUGGAUGCUGCAAAGACCAAAAAACUGAAGCUACCGGACCAGCCAAAGCGGGUUGCCCUGAAACCGUCGUAGAGAAGGGAGAAGAAAAGAAAGAGGGUGAAGAUGCUACCACAACAGUUUCACCUGAAGAUGCAGACUGUACCUCUACCGAAUUUGGUUGCUGCCCUGAUGGCGUGUCACCAGCUGCUGGGACCCAAAUGGAAGGCUGUGUGAUGUCAUGCAACUCGUCCGCCUACGGAUGCUGUCCCGACGGGGAGACGCCUGCCCAUGGGUACGACUACGAAGGCUGCUGCCUCUUGUACCCACAUGGAUGCUGCCCAGACAACUUCAAGCCUGCUGAAGGACCUCACCUUGAAGGUUGUGGCUGCCAGUACGCCCACUUCGGCUGCUGCCCCGACAACGUCACCAUCGCCGCCGGGCCCCGCAACGAGGGCUGCGGAUGCCAGUACACCGAGCACGGCUGCUGCCCCGACAGACACACGCCAGCCUCCGGCCCCGAAUACGAAGGUUGCGACUGCAGCACAUACCAGUUCGGCUGCUGCGAGGACGGCGUCACCAUCGCCAAAGGCCCCGGCAAGCAGGGCUGCUUCUGCCAGCAGUCCGAGUUCGGAUGCUGCGGCGACGGCAAGACGGCCGCUGUCGGCCCUAACCAGGCCGGUUGCGAUUGUUCCACCAGCAAAUACGGGUGCUGCCCCGAUGGACAGACGCCUGCCAACGGCACUAAAUUCCUGGGAUGCACUGACAAACCUGAAAACAGACAAGCUGCUUGCGCCUUAUCGACCGACCGUGGUUCAUGUUCCAACUACUCCGUGUACUGGUACUACGACCUGCAGUACGGCGGCUGCUCGCGCUUCUGGUACGGAGGCUGCGAGGGCAACGGCAACCGCUUCACCAGCAAGGAGGAGUGCGAGGACGUGUGCGUGCAACCCUCGCCGACAGACGCGUGCAACUUACCAAAGGUGAAAGGCGCGUGUACGGGCUACCACCCGCGCUGGUACUACGACUCGGAGCGCGAGCAGUGCGGCCAGUUCAUCUUCGGCGGCUGCCUCGGCAACGCCAACAACUUCGACUCGCGCGAGCUGUGCCAGAAGCAGUGUGAGCCAGCUAAGAGCGACGACCAAUGCUCGUUACCCAUCGACCGAGGCACGUGCGCGGGCAACUUCCUCCGCUACGGCUUCGACCCGGAAACGCGGCGCUGCGAGCAGUUUGUCUGGGGCGGCUGCGGCGGGAACAACAACCGGUUCGGAUCAGAAGCAGCCUGUCUGCACCAUUGCGCGCCGCCUGGCGAACCUCAGCCCCGCUGCAAAGAGCCGAAAGAAGCCGGCAACUGCACGGAGAAGCAAGCUCUGUGGUCCUUCAGCCAGACGGAGGACCGAUGCGUGCCUUUCUACUACUCCGGCUGUGGCGGGAACGACAACCGGUUCGACUCCCAGUCGAGCUGUGCCGAGGCUUGCCCGAGCUCUUAUGACAAUUAUGAAGUCUACUGCAAAGCAAUAGAGUCUACUUUGCUGGUAAUGGUACGGAGAAGCAAGCUCUAUGGUCCUUCAGCCAUACGAAGCGUGCCUUUCUACUACUCCGGCUGUGGCGGGAACGACAACCGGUUCCACUCCCAGUCGAGUUGUGCCGAGGCGUGCCCGAGCUCUUAUGUGAAGGACAUUUGCACGCUGCCCGCACUCACCGGAGAAUGCGCUGACUAUACCGAGAAGUGGUACUACGAUACUUCUAUCCAGAGAUGCCGUCAGUUCUACUACGGCGGCUGCGGCGGCAACGAGAACCGCUUCGCCACGGAGCAGCAGUGCGAGAGCCAGUGCGCGCGCCCCACCACCACCACAGUGGCACCCAGGCCCACCGCUGCUGCCGACCUCUGUACACUGCCUUCGAUGACCGGCGAAUGUGCCGACUACACUGAAAAAUGGUUCUUCGACCAAACCAUCAACAGAUGUCGUCAGUUCUACUACGGCGGCUGCGGCGGCAACACCAACCGCUUCGACAGCGAGGCGGCCUGCGCCGCGCGCUGCGGGCCCGCGUCCGCGCCCACACCCGCGCCUGCGCCCACCCAGCCCCCUGCUGGACAAGUUAACAUCAUUCACCCCACUCGCUUUGUCAAUAACAACAUAACCGCACGUCCCGCAGAAGUGUGCUUCUUAUCUGUGGACCCUGGCCCGUGCACGGAUGCCAUAUCCCGCUGGGCAUAUGACGCUGAGAGAGGCACUUGUCAGGAGUUCGCCUACGGAGGCUGUGGGGGCAACCAGAACAACUUCGCUUCGGACGACGACUGCCAGAUUGCCUGCGGGUCUACGCAAGACGUGUGCCAACUGCCAAUGCUGGCGGGCCCGUGCGAGGCUUCCAUCAUGAGCUGGUUCUACGACCCCGCCUCAGACUCCUGCAGCCAGUUCACGUACGGCGGCUGCGAAGGAAACGCUAACAGGUUCGAGAGCUUAGAAGACUGCGAGCGGCGCUGUAGGAGCGGUCCCGCGCCGGCUCCGGUCGCCAACGCCACCGCGGCUCCCGCGCCGGUAAGUCACAAUCAAAUGACAUGUACAGAAAUUGCCUCCUCCAUUCCUUCCCAGACGGAAGACGUCCCGCCAGCGUGCCGCAUCGCGCCCGCGGCCGACGAGGAGUGCGCCGAAGAAGGCGAGGUCUGGUACCUGGACGUGGAGCAACACGCGUGCGUGCCGCACCACAACGCGGCCAGCGGGAACUCCUGCAGGCGGUCCGGAGUCUUCCUGUCCGAGGAGGCCUGCGAGAGGAGCUGCGGCGCCUUCCGGAACAUUGAGGUGUGCCGCUACCCAGUGGACCCGGGCUCAUGCCGGGCCGCCUUCCCCAAGUUCUACUACGACGAGGCCCUGGGCAGCUGUGUGGCCUUCAUGUACGGAGGCUGCCAAGGCGGGCCCAACCGCUUCUCCACCGUCGACGAGUGCGAGGACGUCUGCAAGUUCGAGAAGGACCCCUGCAAGAGGACACCGAAACCGAUCAACUGCUUCGACUACGUGGAGACGUGGUUCUUCGACGAGUCGCGCGACGAGUGCUUCCAGUACGGAUCCUGCAACCCCGCGGACACAGACAGAUUCGCGACGCGCGAAGAGUGCGAAGGCCAGUGCCGACGUCAACCGCCUGCCGCCGCCACCACCACCACCACUCUCGCGCCCGCCCUCACCGCACCGCCAGCAGUUGAGAGCGAAUGCACGACGCCGAGCUCGCUCGCGCCUUGCGGCAACAACGUCACAGUGUUCUACUACGAUUCGGAGCGCCGCGAAUGCACGCAGGGGAGCUUCGGCGGCUGCGGACACCCCAACAGCUACCGCACUGAGGAGGAGUGCGAGAGGAGGUGCGGCGCUUUCGUCAACCUCGAUCCGUGCAGAUACCCGCUCGACGUGGGUCUGUGCAACUCGGCCGUGCCCAAGUACUACUGGAAGCUCAGCUCGGGCCGCUGCGAGCCGUUCGCGUACAGCGGCUGCGGCGGCGGGCCCAACCGCUUCUCCUCCGCGCAGGAGUGCCGGGAGGUGUGCGGGGACACCGGCCCUGAGCCGGCGUGCCUGGAGCCGGUGUCGGUGGGACACGCGUGCGGGGCGGCUCCCUCGCGGCGCUGGUACUACGACGAGGCCGCGGGGCUCUGCCUCGGCUUCGUGUACCUGGGCUGCGGCGGCGGCCGCAACAACUUCCGCACCUCGCGCGAGUGCGUGGCGGCCUGCCAGACCAACACCACGGAUGUGGACGGCAACGAAGUGCUACCAGACUGCGACCGCUUCAACGACGAGUGCCGCGCGCUGCGCUGCGAGUUCGGCGUGCAGCGAACACGCACCGUGGACGGCUGCGAGCGCUGCUCGUGCGUGCGCGUCGAGGUCGACUGCGAGAAGCUGCGCAGAGACUGCGCCGAGCUCAAAUGCCCCUACGGCAUCGCGCGUACUGUGGAUUCUGAUGGCUGUGAGAGAUGCAAUUGUACUAGCCACCCAUGUGAAAACAAGGAGUGCGCGGCCGGUGAACGCUGCGUGGCCACGCCAUACCAGGACCCCAUCACGCAGGAUGUCGCGUACACUGCUGACUGCCACGUCGUGAACAAGCCCGGCCAGUGCCCGGCGGAGGCGCCGGAGUCAGAGGUGGAGGGUCGCUGCCGCCGCGAGUGCAACGACGACGCCGACUGCCGCGGCGUGGGCAAGUGCUGCGAGCGCGGCUGCAGCCAGCUGUGCCUCGCGCCUGCUACUCCUACCAGCCCCGCGCCCGUCACCACCACCUACUCGCCAGAACUACCACAAGCGCCGCAAGCGAACCCGGUGACGGAGCCCGAGGUGACGGCGGCCGAGGGCGGGCGCGCCACGCUGCGCUGCCUGUUCCACGGCAACCCGCCGCCCAAGAUCACCUGGCGCCGCGGCGAGAUCACCAUCGACGGCGACGUCGGCCGGUACCGGCUGAUGUCGGACGGCGCGCUGGAGAUCGUGUCGCUGUACCGCAACGACUCGGGAGUCUACAUCUGCGUCGCCGAAAACGUGCACGGCGUCUCACAACAGGAGAUCCGGCUCCAGGUCAACGAUCCGGAGGUGACGCCGGCGGGCAUCUCGGGCGAGCCGAACGCGGUGGUGGUGGGCGAGCUGGGCCGCAGCCUGAACGUGCGCUGCCUGGCCUACGGGCACCCGGCGCCCGCCAUCUACUGGUACCGCGGCCGCGACAUGCUGCCCUACAGCAGCGAGCUGUACGAGGCGCGCGAGAACGUGCUGCAGAUCCGGCGGCUGGAGCUCGACACGCUGGGCGAGUACGCGUGCCAGGCCUUCAACGGGCAGGGCAAGGCGGCCUUCUGGGCCGUGCAGGUGCGCGCCUACGAGCCCGCGCCCGGCGCCGCGCACCCGCUGCUGGUGCCGCGCGAGCGCACCGUGGCCAUCACGCCCGCGCGCCCGCCAGCACCCACCACGCAGACCACGCCCCCGCCGGAGAUCGAUAUGCCUGUCUACACCGUGCCGGUCAACACGAGCAUCCCGCUCGAGGCGUCGACGAUGGCGCUGGGCUCCGAGCUGAGCCUGCCGUGCGACGUGGACGGGUACCCGCUGCCUGAGGUCUACUGGACCAAGGACGGCGCCACGCUCUCGCCCGAUAGCCGGACGAAGAUCACGGACGCACGGCUCACGAUAUCGGCGCUGACGGCGGAGGACAGCGGCGUGUACGGCUGCCACGCGCACAACGCCUACAGCUCGCACUCCUCGCAGGUCCAGAUCUCCGUGCAAGGCAUCUUCAUCCCGUCGCACUGCACGGACAACCCGUUCUUUGCCGACUGCAAGCUCAUCGUGCGCAGCAAGUUCUGCAACCACCAGUACUACUCCCGAUUCUGCUGCGCGUCGUGCGUGCAGGCCGGCCAGCUCAGCGCGCUCGAGGUGGGCCAGCAGGCCGACCAGGCCUGGAAGCGCAAGAAGUAGCCGGCCCGCGCCACACCACACGUAUUACUCCAACCAAAAUUAGUUUAAACCUCUCGACACUCCCAGUUUCACACCCGUAUUCACAAACGAUGCUUGAAGCUUGCGUGAAGCAGCAAAUCAAACGCACAGCGUUUAAUAGAGCUGUGUGAUUGGUUCGUACGUCACCCUAUGCGUCAUAGUAAUGUUUAUGAAUACGUGCGUCAGUCUCGAUGUAAUUGCAUGUGCCAUAAACUGAAUGUUAGCAUUGACUGUGUUAAAUGUCUGUUGUCCUGUUUUAGAACAUUUCCUAUUUACAAACUUGAUUUUAUGGCGUAGGUAACUGUUUUAUGUUGUUCGUCGACAGCUGUAAGUGUACCAAGAGUUUAAUGUAGAUAGUGAACAAUGGAAAUGUAAAUAAAUACGUUUAAUGACACAAAGUUCCAUCUGUGAUGGGAAAUAUAAAACUUCUAAGUGUAACUCGAAUUCUUAGUAGUCAUGGAUAUAGAAGAUAAAUUAUUUAUUUCAUAAGAUGUUUAGAUGCAAUGCGUAGGUCGUUAGUGAUAAGCUGAAGUCAACGAUAGACGAUUGGAGCAUGAAUUUAUGAAGUCAUAAUAAUUGUUUAAGUGAAUUUUAUAUUGUGACAAUGUACAUAGCGAACAAUAAAGUGGUAUUAAUUAAAAA